AAUAGAUUCCUAUUGGUCAGAAGUUGCUAGUGGAUUACAAUUUUUAUCGACGAUUUAUAGUAUUUUACGAUAAAAAAUUUUUAUUGUAAAACCUAAAGUGUUCGAUUGUUAUGGGUGUCAGGUCAACUUUAUAUAUUUAUGCAUAUAUAUUUAGGGUUCGUUCAAAAGUUUCAAUAGGGAAUUAUGUGUUUGCAUGUAGCGACAAUAAAUAGAUUCCAGCUAUUGAGCAGAAGUUGCUAGUGAAUUACGAUUUUUAUCGAUGAUUUUUAGUAUUUUACAAUUUUUUAUUGUAAAACCUAACACGUUCGAUUGUCACGUUGAUGAGAUCAACUUUCAGCUAGUUUUUUUCAGUUUUAUGUUUCAAGAUUAUGACCGCAACUCUGUUCUCUCUAGGCUUCGAUCAUGUGGUUUUAUUUACGUUCUCUGACUCGAUUCAUCGGUACAGUGUGUUACCAACCAGCAGUAUCAACCAUCUGUUAUCCAUGAUGUCUGUUUUCUAACUUUAUUUCAUUUUCUCUGUAAAUAUGUAAAAAAAGGCACAACAGUAUCGUGACAGUAGUUAGAGGUAACUGAGAAACAUUCUUGCUCAAAAGCAAUGCUGAGAACAUUGUACGAAACGACACAGAAACCUGCGUGAAUUACGUCGGAGAUUUAAACACUGCUAAAUUUAAAUUUAAAUGUCGUCUGUUUGUUGAGAAAAGUAUAGUGUAUUUAGAUCAACGCCGCCGUACGUACGAAUUAACAAUGAUAGAGUCGUCGGCAUGGAGCUCGAAAAAGGAUGAGACCAUAUCCAAAGCAGCGGGUUCAAUACAUCUGCGAAAAUACGGGCAGUUCUUCGAGAACCUAGCCAAACAGACAUGGAAGAAAGACUCUAUGCUGGAGUAUUUUAUGGAGGGGCCGCUUCGGCUCGUCUACAAGCCUGUCGAAGAUAUCAGCUUGAUAAAUCUAAUAGAAAUGGAAAACAAGUACUUGUCGAAGUUACUGGCGGCUGUCGCUGGUACUUGCCGAGAAAUCAGACUGCUCGCGAUGGAAGCGAAAACGUUCUAUAAGAAGCUGUUCGUUCACGGUGAGAGAGGAGCUGAGAACAAUCAAACUAACGUCACAUCUCUUUUAUCUGAUCUGCAAGAUCUGUUUGUUUUUGUAAACAGGGUAUGGACAGUAGCACACUUGACGACAGAACAGCUAUCUAGUCUGGCUGGUGAUUCUAAUGAUAUCUAUUUGCCUGUGUUGAUAGAGCACUUUAUCGACUUGUUCGUGAUCGUUCUAACAUUAGACGAAAUCAUAGAGUCCCAACCAUCGCUGUUGGAACAAUGGAAGAAGUACAGAAUGAACGUGCGCUCUAUCAUGCACAAUCCAUCACAGUUCGGCUUAAGUGAAUCAAAACUUCAUACGUUCAACAAGUUGCUGAAAGAUCUGCAGGAGAACUUGCUAAAGAAGGUUCUGUUUGCCAAAACGAUUGAACGCGUGAUGGAUGUAAAUAAAGGAUCCGUAAUGAGCGAGCAGAUUAUUAAUUACUUGAAACAUUUAAUGGUGGACAUAGAGAAUAAGCCGAACGAUUAUGUCUCGCUGAAUAAAAAUUGGAUCAAAAUAAACGUUGGCAUUGUUGUGACGACAAAGUUAUUUGGCACUUGCGACAGAAGGUUGAUCAGAAGGGUGCUCGAAAAUAAUAAAAAGUUCUAUGCUGUAAAUUUGAUUGGAAACGUUAUAUGGAUUCCGAGUAAAUUUUUGAGUGAUUUUUUGCCGAAAGAAGCUGGCAAUGCUGUCAGUCAGCAAAUAGGAGAGAAGAUAUUAUGCUUAAGAAUACAGAAACUUUCUCAGACUGUCAACAACUUAAUUCACAAGGCGGUGACAUGGUGCAUUGAAAUGCAAAGUAUCCUGAUGAAAACAAGUCUCCAGAUUUCGGACAUUGGGCAGAAACAGACUUUGCUGAUCGAUCUAGUUGCUUUGUUGUCACAGAUCAAAGAAAUUGUGUCUUUUAUAAUAAAUAUGCAUGCAAUUCUUAUUAAACCAAUGAAUCGUAUCACUGUUCAAUUAAUUUGCAGAUUGAUAGAAGUACAAAAGUCUCUGCAAACUACAUUUUACAUACUGGGACCAGUUAUAGUGCAAUCGCAAUGUCAAGUAUUACAAUAUUUGAGUUAUUACAUUUUAAUUAUAUUAGAAACUGCUCGAAAGAGUUUAAUUCAGAAGGAUAAAGGUUACAGCAAAGAAAAACUGGAUGCAUUGUCGCUAGUUGGUUUAAGCAUGAAAUUAUUAAACGGACCACCAAGUGCGGAUAGAAGAUUAAUAAUCAGAUGUGCUCUAGCCUGUGCUAGUCAAUUAACAGAUACUUUUAAGGAAGAGGAUAUGGUGAAAUUGAGAUUUUCAUUAAACAAUUAUGAUACUGUCGCUGAAUUGCAUAGUAUUAUCACGGAUACUUGUGAUUAUUCUAUAUUACUGUAUCAUCAGAACAUAAUCCCAGCCUAUUUCUCUUCUGUAAUAGACAGUAAUUUAAGUAUAAAUCACAUAGUUCAUUUAUUUAAUGCAUUUAACAGUACUAUUAGCGAACAAGAGGGAUUAAAUUUGAAACAGAAAAGGAUUACGCAGUUAAGAGAAAUGUUAACGAAAAAUAUAUUGGAACCUGUUUGUCACGAGAUUGAAACUAAUCUGAGGCUUCACGUUCAUGCACAUUUAAAAUUAGAUUCCACAAAUCCGUUUAACAUCGGGGCAAAAGAUGGUGGAAGAAUAGUACGAGCAUUACCUCUACCUUUAGCGAACAGUAUGAUAUACGCUAAAAGAUUCAUUGAACAUUACCUCGAUGACAUGUUUUACAAUCUCACUACGGUGGCACUACAUGAUUGGAGAACGUACAGAAUGAUGCAUGCCUUGGCACAUUACAAGUUAAACCUCGACACUGUACAAAAUCAUUUGCCAACGCAAACCUUGGAACAAGGCCUGGACGCAUUGGAAAUUAUGAGGAAUAUUCACGUAUUUGUUUCGAAAUACCUAUACAAUUUAAAUACUCAAACCUUCAUUGAACAUACUAGCAAUAACAAACAUCUAAAUACCAUUGGUAUUCGACAUAUAGCGAAUUCCAUUAGAACCCAUGGAACUGGUAUUAUGAGUACAACAGUCAAUUUCGUGUAUCAAUUUCUUCGUAUAAAAUUGCACACGUUCUCACAGUUUCUUUUCGAUGAGCACAUAAAAUCGAGAUUAAUGCGGGACAUAAGAUUCAUCAAAGCUCAACGGGAAAAUGGGACGACGCCAUACACGUACGAAAGAGCAGAAAAAUUUCAAAAAGGAAUCAGGAAACUGGGCAUGACACCCGAUGGCCUGAGUUAUCUAGAUCAGUUCCGGCAAUUGAUAACCCAGAUUGGAAAUGCGCUGGGAUAUGUACGAUUGAUUAGAUCCGGUGGAUUGCACGCUAGUUCAAACGCCAUUUCAUUUCUACCGAACAUCGAUUCGUCCGUACCAUUUGAACUAAUGUGUAAAAACUUGAAUUAUAGCGCGACCACUCAAGCGGCUGCAAAGUGUUUGGAAAAUGACAUUGCAAAUUUAGUACGAAAUUUCACAGAAGGGAUACAAUAUUUCAAGCUCCUUGUCGACGUGUUCGCGUCUGCUUUUCGAGACACUGCAUCAUCACAUCAUCUGCAACAAUUUUAUGCCAUUGUACCUCCAUUAACGUUAAGCUUUGUGGAUAAUUCUAUAUCGAAUAAAGAGAAAAUGUUCAAGAAAAAUCAAACGGGUGCAGCUUUUACUGACGAUGGUUUCGCAAUGGGGAUCGCUUAUAUAAAUGCUCUUUUAGAUCAGUCGUCGGAAUUGGACAGUUUACAUUGGUUCAAAACAGUUGAGCAGCACAUAAGCGCUGAGCAGCGGUCUGCAGAGAGUAAAAAUGUUCAGGGUGAUGAAAAGUUGCAACAAACAAGGGCAUUAACAUUGAAACGCUUAGGCGAAAGGAGUGCCGAAUUUCAAUUGCUCUACUAUAGUUUAUCUGGCGCUAGAGUGUUUUUUAAACAGUCUGAUACGUAACAUACCGUAACGGGUGGUACUGGAAAUUCCGUAAACUGUGUUGUUGAAUUAAUUAAUUAAAAAUGUGAUUGUUGAAUAUUUUUGUUUCAUAUUUUUCAUUCCUAAUGUAUAGAAAAUGUCAAAUUGUAUAUUAUACGAUACUAUUGUGCUUUAUAAAAAACAGCUUUAAAACACUUUAUAUGCUAUAAAUUUAUUUUAUUUUCAUAAUCCUUUUGUAACUUGUAUCAUAUGCGCGAUGAAUAUUCACGAAGCAAUCAAUUUGCACAGAAACGUUGUAAAACUUUGUUUAUUUACAACAUUCUACAAA